GCAGCGCAAAAGCCAGACUCAAGUCUUCUCCAAGUCUUCCUUUCCGCACCUUUCCUCUCUCUCCUCCACGAUCCAUCUCUCCUCCCGAAUUUCUCUCUCACUCUCUCUCUCUCUCUCCUACAGCAACAUGUACGGCGAACACCACACUCCCGGUGAUAGUAAGCAGGUAAUCAGUCUGAAGGUUCUGGUGGACAAAGCCAGAGACCGCGUCAUCUUCGCCGAGUCCGACUACGAGUUCGUUGACACACUCCUCUCUUUCUUAACCCUCCCGAUCGGGUCAGCGGUCCGAUUGCUCGACCCCGACUUGACAUCGAUCGGAUCCCUAACCGCUAUGUACAAGAGCGUUGCCUCGCUCGAAUCGCGUAGCAUGCGCACGGAUUAUUGCAAGGAGAUGCUGUUAAACCCUAGAAAUGCAACAGAGAUUCAGUGCAGCAAAUUGAAGAUCAACGUGUACCCUCUAGAGCCUGUGAACUUGUACUCGUGCGACCGGCAGUGGUGUAUUGAUUCGGGUCGGCGGUUCAGCACUGUCAAAGACAGGCCCUGUCGAUGCAAGUAUCCGAUGUCUGACAGGGUGUAUGUAGAUCAAGCGGAGAAGGGAGCCAAAUACGAUUGCGAAGGUGGUGGGGUGUUUGUCAAGGAUGGAGCCUUUAGGUUUAUGAUAACUGAUGAUUUGCAGGUGAUGGCCGGGUCUGCUGCUGCUUGCCUUUUGCUUUUUCGGAAGCUUGGGAUUGAUGAUGGGAUUGAGGUUGAGGAGAGGACUCUUGAAUUUGGAGAACAGGAGGUACUCUGUUUGCUGAAGUUCGCAUUGCUCUCAAAGUCUCCCUUGACGGAGGCAAUACGGUAUAUACAGUGCAGCAGUAAAAAAGAGAGUACAAAAUUCCAGCCAAAGAGAACUCCUCAACUAGACAAUAGCGCUAGAACUGCAAACACCGAUAAUAUGAACUUGAAGCUUUUUGUAAGCAAAUCUAAGAAAAAUGUUUUGUUUGCUGAAGCUGGAGCGGACGUGGUGGACUUUUUGUUCAGCAUCCUCACUUAUCCUCUCGGGUCUAUUGUAAAGCUUCUUGGUAAGAAUUCUGGCUUUGGUUGUAUGGACAACUUGUACAAGAGUGUUGAACAUCUGGGCACUGGAGGGUAUCUGAAGUCGGAAGAGUGCACGAAAAUGCUAGUGUGUCCAAAGUUAGCUCCUUUUCACUGUGUUGAUAACCAGCUCCUUCAGAUAGAGGAAAGCUGCCUUUCAGCUGUCGUUAUGGAUCCCAAAUCUCCAACUGGAGAAGUCGAUGCUGGGAAAGGAUACAUGAAGGGACCUGGAACAUUCAUGAUACUAAAUGAUUUGUCUGUGGCGCCAUUUUCACCUGUCACAAGUGUAGCACUUCUUUACCAAAUGAAUAUUCCUAUUAAUGAUGUUGUGGAGCGUGUGGUGGCCAUUGGCCCCGGUGAGGCCCUGAAUCUUCUGAAUGCAUCUUUAAUCUCAAAAACAGUUCUGAGUGAUGUCUUCAACCAGAGGGAGCCUUAUCCAGAGGUAAUCAGUCUGAAGCUUCUGGUAGACAAAGCCAGAAACCGAGUCAUCUUCGCCGAGUCCGACCACGAGUUCGUCGACACACUCCUCUCGUUCUUAACCCUCCCGAUCGGGUCCGCGGUCCGAUUGCUCGGCCCCGACUCGACAGCGAUCGGAUCCCUAACCACAAUGUACAAUAGCGUUGCCUCGCUCGAAUCGCGUCACCUGCGCACGGAUUAUUGCAAGGACAUGCUGUUAUACCCUAGAAAUGCAACGGAGACUCAGUGCAGCGAAUUGAAGAUCAACGUGGACCCUCUAGAGCCUGUGAAAUUGUACAGGUGCAACACGUGUCUUAAUUCGUUUCCACGGCAGCUCAGCACUAUCAAAGACAGGCCCUGUCGAUGCACGCGUCCGAUGUCUACCAGGGCGAAAGUAGAUCAAGCGGAGAAGGGAGCCAAAGACGAUUGCGAAGGUGGUGGAGUGUUUGUAAAGGAUGGAGCCUUUAGUUUUAUGAUAACUAAUGAUUUGCAGGUGAUGGCCGGGUCUACUGCUGCUUGCCUUUCGCUUUUUCGGAAGCUUGGGAUUGAUGAUGGGAAUGAGGUUGAGGAGAGGACUCUUGAAUUUGGAGAACAGGAGGUACUCUGUUUGCUGAAGUUCGCAUUGCUCUCAAAGUCCCCCUUGACGGAAGCAAUACUGUACAUCCAAUGCAGCAGUGAAAAAGAGAGAAUAGAAUUCCAGCCGAAGAGUACUCCUCAACCAGACAAAAAUGCUAGAGCUGCUAACACCAAUAGUAUGACCUUGACGCUCUUUGUAAGCAAAUCUAAGAAAAAAGUUUUGUAUGCUGAAGCUGGAGUGGACGUGGUGGACUUUUUGUUCAGCAUCCUCACUUAUCCUCUCGGGUCUAUUAUAAAGCUUCUUGGUAAGAAUUCUGGCUUUGGGUGUAUGGACAACUUGUACAAGACUGUUGAAGAUUUGGGCACUGGAGGGUAUCUAAAAUCAGAAGAGCGCGGGAAAAUUCUAUUGUGUCCAAAGUUAGCUCCAUUUCAGAGUGUUGGUAACCAGCUCCUUCAGAUAGAAGAAGCCUCCUAUCCACUGUACGUGUAUGAUCGUAGCCGACAAUUAUGGGCAGCGGGCCUAGUGGCUGAAUCAGAAGAAAACCGCCUUACAGCUGUCGUUAUGGAUCCCAAAUCUCCAACCGGAGAAGUCGAUGCUGGGAAAGGAUACAUGAAGGGGCCUGGAACAUUCAUGAUACUAAAUGAUUUGUCUGUGGCGCCACUUUCACCUGUCACAAGUGUAGUACUUCUUAACCAAAUGAAUGUUCCUAUCAAUGAUGUUGUGGAGCGCGUGGUGACCAUUGGCCCCAAUGAGGCCCUGAAUCUUCUGAAUGCAUCUUUAAUCUCAAAAACAGCUCUGAGUGAUGUCUUCAUCCAGAGGGAGACUUGUCCAGAGGUGCAUGCGAAGUUGACGAAGCUGCAUCCUUGGAUGGUCCUUUGCAUGACUCCUUUCAUGGGGUGUUUGGAGGGAGCAUUAGAGUUGUUUCCUUCUCCUGAGAUGAUGCAGAAAAGAUGGAUCUGACAUUGAAUUUGCACUGGCUUAUUCCCCGAGUCAUAUUAAUAUGCCUUGAGGUUGAUGUCAAAGAGUUUGGCACCAGAGAGUUUUUGCAUCAUUGUGAGUAAGAUAUGUCCCUGAAUGUUAUGAUUUGUUUGUUCAAUCUGUUAGAUAUUAUAUAUAGGUCUGUAUGCAGUGUGUUGCUUUUGUGUACGAUUGAAUUUGAAUUGCUGGUUUUCAUUGGCAGUGUUCUUGUUGAUUUCUGCUU